CCCUCCUGAAGCCACGAAAUGCGCCCGUUUGGUGAGGUCGUUUGUGACCGAGCUGCGCACGCGCGCCCUCCCAUUCCCCCCUCCCCUCCCCGCUCGCGAGCGCGAUGAUUGACAGUUAUAGAAGCAGCAGGCGUGAGACGCUGCCGACAGACAACAAGCUGACCGGUGUCCACUGGCUGCAGGGCAGGCGCGGCUGGAGCUCGUGUGAGGCGGAGGAGAGAGUCUCUCCUUCUUCCAUCUCCACCACAGAGUCUCUCUCUUACACACAUCUUGGUCGGAGUCCCGAGAGGCAGGCUGCCGCACGUACCGAUGAUUUGCAAGUAAAACUUCAGCUGACUUCUCCAGCUUGCUGCAGCAAGAUGUUUACCACAAAUCCUACAAACUGGGUUACAUUUGAAGAUGAACCAGUUUUCCAGUCUCCUCAGAAGGCAGGUGGAAGUCAUAGUGCCUGCAAAGCAAAUGGACUUAAUCUUCUUUUGCCUAAGAUGCGUGAUUCUUCAAGCCAAUCAUCUUCUUCUAACAGUACUCCUCUCUCCUCUCCUGUAGUGGAUUACUACUUUACUCCUGGGCCUCCUAGUAACUCUCCGCUUACUACACCCACCAAAGAUUAUCCCAUAAGCCCCUGCUUUCCCAAGACUGGAUUUCACCUUCUUUAUCCUAUUCCAGAGUUGUCAUCCAAAGUUAAUCUUCUCCCACUAGCUGGGCCAUCCUCUAGAAAACUGACCAGUCCAUCAGAGACAGAGCAUCACUCAAAUAUCUCUGUUUCUAAGCCAACAGAGGGCGCAAAUGCAGCUCAGCCAGAAGAAGAUUCAUUAGAAUCACAAUCCUUCUUCCAAUACAUUCAAAACGACUGUGCUUUCUCUAGUCCAUUUUGGUCAGAAGAUCUACCAGGUGCAUCUUCAUCCACCUCUGAUGUGCACAGAAAGGAUAUUAAACUUGAAAACCAUUGUUGCCAUGCCAAAGAAAAGGGAACAUUGCCUGAUCAGAAGAGCCUCAAUCAGGGAUCUUUCAACUAUAUUUGUGAGAGGCUUGAGCACUUGAAAACUGAUACUUCAAAUAAUGAAAGGACGUUGACUGCCAUGCCACGUAUGUACACAGGAGAUGGCUUCUCUUCUUUCGUUCCACACAGCCUCUUCAGGAGUUGUAGAAAAGAAGGCUGGCCUUUCAUGCUGAGGAUUCCUGAAAAGAAGAAUAUGAUGUCCUCAAGGCAGUGGGGGCCUAUAUAUAUCAGUGUUUUGCCUGGAGGAAUCCUGCAAAUGUAUUAUGAGAAGGGCCUUGAGAAACCUUUCAAAGAAUUUCAGCUGCAGCCAUUUUGCAGACUUUCAGAACCCAAGCUAGAGAACUGCAGUGUGUCUGGGAAAAUCCAUACCGUGAAGAUUGAGCAUGUGUCGUAUGUGGAGAAAAAGAAAUAUCACCCCAAAGCUGAAGUGGUUCACGAACCAGAGAUAGAACAGAUGCUGAAGCUGGGGACAACUGAUUAUGACGACUUCACUGACUUCCUGGUGAUCGUUGAAGAAGAGUUAAUGAAACUUCCUGCUCUUUCAAAGCCAAAGAGGCAUUAUGAAGAGCAAGAAAUGACACUGGAAAUAGUGGACAAUUUCUGGGGAAAGAUCACUAAAACAGAAGGGAAGCUAGUUGAAAGUGCUGUCAUCACACACAUUUAUUGCUUGAGUUUUGUGAAUGGAAAUACUGAAUGCUUUUUGACACUAAAUGACUCUGAGCUCCAGAAGAGAAAUGAACAUUACUUUGAGAAGGAGCCAGAGAAAAAAUGGAUUGAAAUCCUUGACUAUCACUUCCAUCAGUGUGUUAAAAAAACAGAGUUUGAGCAAUCCAGGAUAAUUAAAUUUACACCCCCUGAUGCUUAUAGGUUAGAACUGAUGCGUUUAAGGACGCAGUAUAAUGGCUCUGAGCUUCCAUUUUCUGUUAAGGCCGUGGUGGUAGUUCAGGGAGCUUAUGUUGAACUUCAAGCUUUCAUAAACAUGUCCUCUUCUGCACUGGCUUCAAUGCAUUCACAUUCCAUGAAACACUGUGAAAAUAUUAUGGUGCACUUUCCUGUUCCUCCACAGUGGAUCAAAACUCUCUGGACCAUGAACCUCCAAAGACAGAAGUCCCUGAAGGCAAAAAUGAACAGGAGGACCUGUCUUGGCUCCCUAACCGAGAUCGAAUCUGAUCCUGUAAUCCAGGUCUCAACUGGAACGGCUAAAUAUGAGAGUGCCUAUAGAGCCGUUGUGUGGAAGAUUGACAGGCUUCCAGAUAAAAACUCAAGUCCAGAUCAUCCACACAGUCUGUCUUACAAACUUGAACUGGGGUCUGACCAGGAAAUCCCUUACAACUGGUAUUCCUUUGCCACGGUCCAGUUUGUAGUGCCUGAUGCCUGUGCUUCUGGAGCCAAAGUAAAAUCACUGGGCAUUGAGAGCGACGUUCAACCCCAAAAACACAUCCUUCAGAAAACCUGUUACAACUGCCAGGUUGAAAUUGAGAAGAAGUGGAUUAGGCUUGAUGGAGAAGAUCCCAGUAAGGCUGGGAGUUGUCAAAUGCAGUAGGAGGGUCUGGGAUUAGGAAGAUAGUCUGGUGUGCUGUAAGGAUGGUUUUAAUAUGUAAAUGUGGGAAAUGUGCUUAAAUAUUUGUUUCCAGAAAGGGAACUUGAAAUGCAGCAAAGCAAUGCAUUUCAGCAAAUGCCUCUUAGUUUAAGAUGUUGAUGUACAGCUGGACACUUGCACACUUACUAUUUAGUUUACUCCUAUUCACAGUCCUAGCUUUUUAUUGAUCUUAUGUACCAUCUUGAAAUCUCUUAGCAAUUUGCUAUGGUUUUUUCUAAGUCAGUGGCCAUGAGACAUUUGAACAUGUCAAAAUCAUUUUCUCAUUUAAUAUAGUCUGUAAGGGUAAAUUAUAGGUAAUUUAUAUAUGGUUUGUCUAUGUACUCCUAUGUGUUUCUCUUCCCAGUGUCAGUAAAGUGUGUAAGUUCCAAAUAUAUUUAAACAGGAUGUGAUUUGCCAGUGAGAUUAUUUCUAAUCCUAAAUUGAUUAGAUCAUAAAUUGGAUCACUUUGUAGCUUUUGGGUGGUUCCAAGAUGAUUUUCAUCCACAGAAGAAUAUAUAUGUGGAAAAGGUUACAGGGGUAGGCAAUGCUGGUGCUCCAGCUGUUGCUAAACUACAACUCCCAUCAUCCCCCACUGGGACUUUUAGUUCAGCAGCGGCUGGAGAAUCAAAGUUGCCUACCCACGCACUAGAAUGUGAAAUCUACAUGGAUCUUUCAGAAUGGUUUGGGUGGUAAGGGAUGGCAGGAAUCAUAUUCCUUGUUCGCAGCUCUCUCCUGUAAAAUCUGCAUGGAUAUUGCAGGCACACUCCUCGGACAAGGAAGACAUGCCCUAUUAGAACCAACACUAAAGUGCUCCUCUUAUUUGAAGCUGUAAUGAAGUUUUUGGUUUUUUACUCCUUAGAAGGGUUGUGUGCUUGAGCUUUUGCAAAAAAAUUAAAAAAUUAAAAAAUGGAAUUAUGGGUAGAGGAUGAAAAGAUGAGGCUUCUCUCCACCCCGCAUUACAGUGUCUUGGAUGGAGCAGAAUUCUUGUUACUCCUAUUCUUGUGUCUUGUUACAAAUCGUUGCCAACUACUACAAACCAUUUUGGAUCUCCUAGAAGAACAGAUGUUAGAUCUGGAACAAAACACACUGGUAGUCAGAAAAGCUGUAAGGUCCAGAUGAACAUGAAGAGUGAGAUGUUCCCUUUGCUGCCAGCUGAGCUGGAGUUUGCUUAAGGGGUGUGUAGCAGUACAUUCCUACUCCAAAGGGAAAAUGUAGAUGUAAAUGCUUUGACAGCCAGGCUCAGCUUGAGCCUUACGAUGCUUUUUUAGACUUUUUUGGAUAGCUCAGUUUGUCUUCUCAGGGGGUAGGCAUUUUCCAUUUCAUUCGUCCCUUUUUAAGGCCUGUGUCGUAUAUUCUGGAAGCCAGAGAAAUGUCUGUCCCUGUGUUUAAUUUGUAUUGACAGUUUUUUGCUUUACUGCAACUGCUCUAGAUUGUACCUUUGUUGCACAUAAGUCUUUUUUUGAAUAAAGCUAUAAUAGCACA